AAACGGAUUACACGCAGUGGAUAGCAAUCAGUACAUGUAACUUCCCGCUGAGAGUGAUAACGAGCUUCUCUUCUAUCGCCAUGGAAGCCACCUUCCAAUUCUCAACUGCUGUUUCUCGUAAUUUCUCUGCAAUUCCGGCUCAUUCGAUCACUCCGUAUGCUGUUCUAUCCAAUCCGAGAAGAUCAUCCGCCAUUUCUUCUUCCUGCAUCGGCUCGGCUCACUUCAUCGCCUUCUCGUCAAGAAAUUCAUUCACUAGAGAGAUAUGGAGCAUAGUAAAUUCUAAAAGCGUCACUAUGAGACGAGAGAUCCGCGGAGUUGUUAGAGCUGAAAUGUUUGGUCAGCUGACGAGCGGCCUAGAAUCUGCUUGGAAUAAGCUCAAAGGAGUAGAUGUCUUGACAAAGGAAAAUAUUGCGGAACCAAUGCGAGACAUUAGAAGGGCACUUUUAGAAGCUGAUGUAAGUCUUCCAGUUGUUAGAAGAUUUGUCCAAUCUGUCAGUGAUCAGGCUGUUGGUGCUGGUGUGGUUCGAGGAGUGAAACCAGAUCAGCAAUUGGUCAAGACAGUACACGAUGAACUGGUGAAAUUGAUGGGAGGAGAUGUAUCUGAAUUGGUUUUUGCGAAAUCAAGCCCUACUGUAAUUCUCUUGGCUGGUCUCCAAGGUGUUGGGAAGACGACUGUUUGUGCGAAGCUGGCAUUGUAUCUUAAGAAGCAGGGUAAAAGUUGCAUGAUGAUUGCUGGAGAUGUGUAUAGACCGGCUGCAAUUGACCAACUUUCCAUUUUAGGCAAACAGGUGGAUGUCCUUGUUUAUACAGAAGAUAUUGGUGUUAAGCCAGCAGAGAUAGCUAGGAGAGGUCUAGAGGAGGCGAAGAAGAAGAAAGUAGAUGUAGUCAUCAUGGAUACGGCUGGAAGACUUCAGAUUGACAAGACAAUGAUGGACGAAUUGAAAGAAGUAAAAAAGGUACUGAAUCCUACAGAAGUUUUGCUAGUUGUGGAUGCAAUGACUGGUCAAGAAGCUGCAGCUUUGGUCACAACAUUCAAUCUUGAAAUUGGAAUUACGGGUGCCAUUUUGUCAAAACUAGAUGGUGAUUCUAGAGGUGGGGCAGCAUUGAGUGUAAAAGAGGUUUCAGGAAAACCAAUCAAGCUUGUGGGACGAGGGGAACGAAUGGAGGACCUAGAACCCUUUUACCCAACUCGUAUGGCUGGACGUGUUCUUGGAAUGGGAGAUGUCCUUUCAUUUGUUGAGAAGGCAGAAGAAGUUAUGCGACAAGCAGAUGCUGAGGAUCUACAGAAGAAGAUCAUGAGUGCAAAAUUCGACUUUAAUGAUUUUCUCAAGCAAACACGUGCUGUUGCACAAAUGGGUUCCAUGAGCCGUGUUAUUGGAAUGAUUCCUGGAAUGUCUAAGGUAACUCCUGCUCAAGUUCGUGAAGCUGAGAAGAGUUUACAGAUGGUGGAAUCUAUGAUUGAGGCCAUGACCCCAGAGGAAAGAGAGCAACCGGAACUUCUUGCUGAAUCACCUGAUAGGAGGAAGCGUGUUGCACAAGAUUCUGGAAAGACUGAGCAGCAGGUGGGCCAACUUGUUGCACAACUGUUCCAAAUGCGUGCCCGAAUGAAGAAUCUGAUGGAUGUAAUGGAAGGUGGGUCUCUUCCUGCUCUAAACAACCUCGAGGAGUCCCUGCAAAAGAAGGCUCCACCCGGUACUGCAAGGAGGAAGAGAAGAUCAGUAAGAAGAGUUCCCGUAGCUUCAACUUGAUAACCUCUUCGCCUCAAAACUUAAGACACAAACGCGUUCCACGUCUAUUGGCUUUGGAAGGAGAUCACACGAAAAAGCAUUAAACUUUGGUGGGUCUAAUAUUUUCUUUAUCGGGGUUGAGAAUCAUCAAGGUUAGCAUUGAUUUACACUUGCUAUCUCAAAUCAUCUACAAAUUUGUCUCAAAUAUGCUUGAGUUGUUUGUUUAAUCAUUAUUGAUGAGUUUGUAAGUUGUAAUGGUUUGUAGUUACAGGCUGAUGUUAGUUGACAUAUUCUAGAGUUUGUAAAGGUUUUUAGACUAUGUUGAGGUGAGGUGGAUGCAUAUUUGAUAAGUUAUUAGGAUGAUAUUUUAGUUAUGUUAAUACUAAAUAGGCUUAAUUGUGAGUGUUACUGUUAAUCUAAGAAUUUAUUUGAAAACUUAUAUUGCUGAGUGCAAUUUGUUUUAAAUUGAAAAAAAAUAAAAAUAAAACUGAAAGGGCAGUUGAGUCAUAAUGUUAAAAAAUUAUUUUUGUGGUAAAGACGAUUCAGUUAUUAACAGCCUCUAAACUCAAACUGCCAACACUUGAAGGAUCUUAUUAUCUAUCAUCCACUUUUUCCUUAACCUCCUUUGGAAGCGCAAUUUACGACAUAAAAACAGAAUAGAGAGAGAAGAGAGGGAGGAAAUUCUUAUUGUUGAAAGAGAAGAAGAAUGGCAAACUUGUCCGAUGAACCGUUUCCGGCCGUGGAUGUGAACGACGUGCUUGCUCCAGGUAGCAAGAAGACUCUUGUGGUUGAUCCAGUUUCGGCGACUAUUGAGAACGAGGAACGAAUUAAAGCGGUUAAACAACAAGAGGAGAAGGAAACAAACGAUGCAUUACGACAACUAAAAUCCACCAUCAUUGUCUCUGCCAUUGCUGUUGCAGUUGUCGGAGCAAUAUACGCCAUAACUAGGAAACUCAGAGAGAAAUGAACCUUGUUCUAAUGCAGCCAGAAUAUUAAUUACCCUUUUCUUUUUCUUUUCUUUUUUUCAUUUUAUACUGCUGCUCAGAUUGUUAGUUAUAAUUAGGUUAACAAUGAGUCAGUUUCAAAAUAACGGUUUUUAGUAACUUUUUUGUAUAUGUGAUGAUA